CCACUUGGUACGUUCUGCUUGCCGAAGUCCCAGUCCGCCCUGCCGGAGCCAGACAAGCCGGAGUUACGGCCGGUGGAGUCCCUGGGAAGAUGAGCAGGCGCUUGGGAACGGCGGGAGUCUUGGCGGCCGGUCUGCUGUGAGAGCGUCCUUCCUUCUGCCCGGGCAGGCCGUGGACUAUCCAGGCGAAUCGGCGCCGUACUUGCCCACCCGAGAAAGCGAUGUCAGGACCCGAAGCCCAUCACGGCCACAACCGGAGGCUGCCCUCUGAUAUUGAAAAUGGGCAGCGGGGGCUGGACCCUGAGCAGAUGCAACAACAGCAGCUUAAACUUUGGGAAAGGCAGAGAUUCUUUGAAGAAGUUUUCCAGCACGAUGUUGAUUUCUUCUUCCCAGUAUCACAUCUGCAGAUAGAACACAGGAGACCUCCCCUAGGUAGCAUUUCUUCCAUGGAGGUCAAUGUCGACAUGCUGGAACAGAUGGACAUGUUGGAUCUCUCUGACCAAGACACUGUUGAUGUAUUUCUUAGCUGUGGGACCGAGGACAACAACAAUGUAGCUACCCUGUUGCCAGAUUCUAACCCCUUCCAGGAAGAUAUUUCUCUGCAAGUGCCCAAUACAGUUGAGGUCAAAUCACGAAUUUCAUCCACAUCAUCUGCCUCUACAGACCUGAAUAGCCUGGACACCAGUGAAGAAGGAGCUGAGACUCCUGUGGUGCAGUCAGAUGAGGAAGAAUUGGAGCAAGAUGGGUCUGAAGAACAGGAGAGCAAGAGCUAGCGAGGUUUUCCAUCCAUCGUGCUAUAACGGACCCUGCCAGCAUGAGAUUAUGAACAUGACUGGAUUGCUCUGAUUCCCACUGUGUAAAACCCACAAAAACUCCCUGUCCAAUUGUUGUACUUGGGGAAGAUUCAAGAUGAUCUUUCCUCCUGCAAGAUGGUCAAUGCAUGGAUAAGGCAACAGAAGAGGGAGAAUAGGGUGAGGCAUGGGUGCUACAGAAUUAAAAUAGAAUUUAACUCUCCAUCUUUUUACACAUAUAGUAAUGCUUCUGCUUCCCUCACAUGAGGACUCCGUUUGCUGCAAGGCUACAAAGAUUUAAAACAAGGCCUUUAUGCAAACUGAUAGGCUCCCUAAUCCUAACACAUAUAUACACACAAACAUGAAUGCAGCAUGUCUUUAAUUGUAACAUAAUAGAAAAUUACAUUCCUUUCAAGCAAGCAGCUGGGAUGACGUGUGUUACUGGGAAAGGAACAAUGAGGCUACCUGGAUAGGAAAGAUGGAGAAGGAAUAGCUGAAAGGUGGUGGGACUAAAAUAAUUUGAAAGGUUCUUGGAGUGAAUCAGAUUUUUAUUAACUUUUUCAUUCGUCUGAUUUUACAUCCUUAUAUUGCAAAUGAAGGGCAUGUACCACAAAGCACAGGAAGAGCUCUGGAGGAGGGAAAUGGGUCUUAUGGAAAAGCUACAGUCAGGACAGUCCUUAGAAAAAUUUCCUUUGAACCUCCAUACUGAACACCUCAGUAGUAAAGUGAACUUUGAUUGCUCUCCCAUAAAUUUUAAAGUAGCCCAAUUAUUUCUACGAUGAAAACAUCAUCUCCAUUUCCCCCAAUCAUUUUUAUUUUAUUUGAUGGGGGAGAAAUGGCUUUCAGAUCUUUUUCCAUGGGAGAAGAACAUUUCGUACAUUUUUUAAUGGCUGUGGUGCUGUGUCUUUUUAUUUACCUUAGUUGUAAAGUGCCUGAGAGGUACUUGUGUGUGCUCUACCUUUCAUUCCACAGUCACAUCUCCCACUCUCUGGCAUCCCAGCCUUCAAUUAUAUUGGUGAAGGUCAAAUCAGACAAAGACUGCCAAACAAAACUCCUUCCAUAGAGCUUUUUCAGAUUAAGAAGAAGGGGUAGUCAAAGAUGCUGUGGAAUGAUGCAGAUACAGAUAAUAGGGGACAAAAAGGACUACUGACUGCCUCUUUAUAAAUUUAAUUACACUGAUAGAAUAUUUGUAGCUCGAGAUUGAACUGUGAGGUCCUUGGUGCUCUCUGAGUUUGGUGGUUUUCUUGCAGACAUUUCAUUACCAAACUAGGUAACUUCAUCAGUGCUAAAAUAUUUACACUAAAAAUGUCUCUUCCCCCCCGCCCCCCCAAAAUAAUAAAUCCCUGGCAUAUGAGGCAGAUAGAAUGAGGCAGAAAAAGAGAAUACUCUUUCUCCAGGAGAAGGAAGCUUUGUCGAAAUUAGAGGACAGAUUUUGGCACUUAAACUUUCCUUAAGCUUUCCUUUUGAUAUAUUAUUAUUAUAAAGAACUUGCUCCCUUUAUUAUAUAUAUAUAUAUAUAUAUAAUUUUUAUUAGUACUUUUCACAUGAUUAAAAGAUAAAUAUAAUAAUACAAUGAGAGACCAACAAAAAAGAAAAGAUAAAAGCAUGAAAGAUAGUACAAGCAGAAAAAAAGAAAAAUAUAUAAAGAAGCAAUCUCUUCCGAUCUCCUUUAGAGCAAUUACAAAAUUAUUGUGUCUAUUUCCUCUUUAAAAUUAUCUUACAUGAUUCUCUUCCUGUAUUUAUUUUUAUCCCACCUUUAUAUUAUUUUUAUAAAUAUUCAACACUUUUUAAUCAGCAAAUCCAAAAAUCAUUUUUUUUCUAUUUUCAGCAUAAAGUCCCUGUUCCAGUCUUUUAUAAAAAUAUUUGUUUUAUCCUGAUCAAACAGCUCAGUUUUGUCAUUACUGCCAAUUCUGCCAUCUUCACAAUCCAUUUCGCCAUUAUAGGUAUGGCAGUAUUUUUCCAACUUGGGAAAUAUAAUAGCUGCAGUUAUGCAAAAUCUAUAAAACAUUUCUAAUUGGUUAUCCAUAAGUGCUAGUUUCAUUUGAAUAUUAGGCUUUAAAAUUCUUUAUGUCAUUAUACGUAUUUUUUUUGUUUGUUCGUUCGUUUUUCACAAGUCUGCCAUGCAUGGCAAAAUGAUCCUUCAUGCUUUUCACAUUUCCAACAUGGGUUAGAGGUACUGUUAUACAGGAGCAUUUUACAUAUUGCUGAACCACUAUUUUGUAGCUAAUGAGGAGUGAUGCUGGAAAUUUCAAAUCAGGAGGCCAAGAUGUUCCCUAUCGUUGAUGCGUAAUAGUCACAUGUGAAGGAUGCAUGAGAUGAGUCUCAGAAAGUUCCUGGUAAAAUCUCACCACAAGUAUGAACCAGAGAGUUAGCUGUAGCAUCACUUCAUCUCUUUUCCAAAGCCUUCCUACUUCCUCGCUAUGGGAACAAUAAUAUUGAAAAAUACAUUGGUUGCAGUAUCGAAUUCUAUAGUUUUAAGAGAUUUGUACAGCCAAUUGUUUGCAUAUGAUUUUUUUUAAAUGUAAUUGCUUUGAUCCAAUAUAGGUUUUAAAAGUGCCCCACCUCACAGGGACAUUUGGGGGAAAAAAUCCGAGAAGGUAUAUGUAUGUAAAGUGCUUUGAAUAUUAAAUGCUAAAUAGUUUCAUUAUCAUUUUUUUUUAAUUUUAGCGAUUAGGGUCAACUCAAAAUCCUGGAUAUGUUUAGUAGACAAGUUAGUAGUUUGGAAAAGGAUGAUGCUCUUCAAAAAAACAUGCUGAAGAUCAUAAGAAUAUGCUAGAUUAGGUUAAAGUGAAUAGUUUAUGGUUAACUAUGUCAUGGGAACCAAGCAACUUUCUUAGUAAGUUAUGUGGAUCAGGCCACACUUCAUCCCUUCGCUUGAAGGGAAGGAAUUCAGGCAGUGGGAUAGAUGUGACUCCACUGUCAAUGGGGACAGUUUGUAGGGUUUUCCUUCACUGCACUGUAGGAUUGAAGAUACAGAUAGUCUUCAAUUUAUGACCAUAAUUGAGCCCAGAAUUAUGAUCAUAAGUCCUUGCAAUCAUUAAGCAGGACACCAUGUGACAAGGCCCAACUUUAACACAUUUUUGUGCAGGCAUUACAGGAACACUGUAAUGGCUGUUAAGCAAAUGCUGCGAUCAUUAAACAAAUCCAUUAUACCCAAUGGAUGGUGUUUGCUGAAAACCGCCAGAAACCAGCAAAAGCACCAAAAAUUGCAGUCAUGUAACCACAGGAUGUGUAAACAGCCACAAAGGUGAAUCAGUUGCUAAGGACACAAAACAAUAUAACUUGGGGGUGGGGGCAGCUACUGUAAAUUCAAAAUUGGGUGGUAAGUACCUUCUGUGGGAGGUUCCAUUGCAACUUUGAACAAUCACUUAGGCAAACAGUCACAAUAAACCAUGCCUGAAAAAUGUUACAAAUUCAGUGACAUGUCAAACUGUCAACAUCUUACAUGCCGAAAGCUUUAAGAGUAAACUAAUAGCAGAUUUAGUAGCAAAACCACUGUGAGAGAUGGAACUAUACAGUAGUAUUCAUCUGAAUGAGAACUUUCGUGGUUUGGGGCAUAUUGUUGAAUUCCAAUUCCCAUUAGCCCCAGCCAGCAUAGAGAAUGAACAGCCAUAUGAGUCUCUGUGGGGAAAGAGAUUUAAGAAAGCAUGAAGGUAGGGGCUGCAUGACCAGAGCCCGACCCAAAUGUUACGUGCACAAAAGAGGUUUUGGCUGCCAUCUCGACUACUUUUAAUCCCCUUGUGUAAAUGCCCCUGAACAAUAAUGAUAGCCAUUGUAGUCGACAGAGAUUUGGCAGUCCCACAGGACAGAAUGAUUAUGGAAGGUUUCAAUAUUCCUGAUACUUAAUUCAUCUGUUUUUAUUUGUUGACAACCUCACUGUGUGAAAUAGCUGCCUUUGUGGACAGAGUCCUGCCUGUAGCUCUUAGUCAAUUGGUUGGAUUAAUCCAUUAAAACAUGAUGAUUGACUAAAAAAA